AUGGAAACAGCAGGGCUCAUUCUAACGACAAUUUCUUUCAUCCUAACAGGCCUCGACAAAUACGUCGAGAUACUUGCCACGAUAAGCCUAUUCCGCACUGGCAAAUACCGUCGCUACCUCGAGCGAUAUUCAGGCAUUUUGGCCGAGCAGCAAGCCUCUCUUCUUAAUGCCAUCGAGAUAGUACUCGAAGUCGAGAUCAGUAAGGAGGGAGUAGACGACUUGGGUCAUCCGAAGAGUAGACAAUGGAAGGACCCGAACCUACAAGCCAAACUGCGAUCGAAAUUGGGUCGGGAUUAUAAUGCAUUUGUGAAUGUCCUAAUGAUGCCAAUCACACAUUGCAGGAGAUAA